AUCACCUACACCACCACUUCUUCCUUUGUCUUUGCUUUUAUAAACCACCCAACCUUUUCAUUCCUUGUAUACCUCCACUUUUCUUUCUUGAACCCAUUAAUGAAGAAUUUGCCACACCUCAUUCUCCUUUGUUUUUGAUACAGGAAUCUGCCAUCAACCAGAUUACUUGCCUCCAUAGAAGAUAAGUUGAGCAGUACUAAAAACCAAAGUCUACCACCAUUUCAAAGGAGAGAAGAGAACCCAGAAUUGGUUUCAAAACCAAUUUUCUGGCAAAAUGACUAGUUGGAAUCAUGAUUCAAACUAUAUAACAGAGCAAGUAGUUGGAGUUGCAGCUGCUGCAUAUGUCAUUACAUCGAUUGCAGAAACCUCUUCGAUCAAGGACAAGAACAGAAAGGAAGGUCUAACAUUUUCAACAUGGAAACCUGGCAUCGUAUCCGAACAAUUUUCAGGUGAAGGUUCGAAGAAAGUUCCAGACAGUGCAGACAUCAAAGUGCCAGUACCCAAUGCCAAAGAUGAAAAAGCAACUAGACGUGGGUCAUCGUUUAGAAGACCUGCUAUUUUUACUGAUAACGUGGGCAGCUCUAGUCGUACAGAACCUGGAAGUUCCCGGAAACCUGAUACACUUUCCAGUCAACCAGAACGUGCAGCACCGAAACCUGAAAGAGCAACAUCAAAACCAGACCAUCAUGCCAUUAAACCAGGAACUCCUGCAACAAGACCCGAACUGCCUCCUACCCCUAAACCUGUGCCUCCGGUGGUAGAACCCAAAAGACAGCAUACAGUAAGGCCAGGGUCAGAUCAAGCAAAAGCAGAUGCUUGGGAGAAAGCAGAGAUGGCUAAAAUCAAAGACCGGUAUGUGAAGUUAAAUAACACUAUACUCGAAUGGGAGGAAAAGAAGAAAAAGAAGGCCAGAAGCAAGCUGGACAAAGCAGAGAAGAGUGAAUCGGAGAAAAAGAGAGCAAGAGCCUUAACCAAAUUUAGGAAUGAAAUGGACUACAUCAAACAAGUUGCAGAUGGAGCAAGAGCACAGGCAAAUGCUAGACAAAGAAAUGAUGAGCUUAAAGCAAAGGAAAAGGCAAACAUAAUUAGAACAACAGGAGAGCUUCCGAUGACAUGCUUCUGCUGUUGAAUUUAACUAAUAAGUAGUAUCAUGACUUUCAAGUCACAUAUAAAACCACUUACACAAUGCUUUGACUAAUUAAACGAUGCCUAAGCACAAGUAGAGACACUAUAAUUUUAAUCAUUUAGCCUUGUUUCAAACAGAUAACUCUUCAAGAACCUUGAGUUGCUUUACUAAUAUUUCGGACAACUGAUGUUUAGUGUGAACAUAUAUGAAGCCAUAUAGCAGCUCAUGCAGAAAAUCCUAGCCCAUGUCUUGGACAGGACUCUGUUACUCAAAAUAAAAUAAUAAAUUUACAGCGCAAA